AUCGGAUUUUCCCAACUUUUGGCGUAUGCCUAAGACAGGUAAAUUAUGGGAGAUAUCUAAAUUGUAGUUUGAACGAAAAUGCGCCGGCGCGAAGAAAUGAGCGACCGGCGCAGACAAUAUAUGCUGCCUCCCUAGAGAACGAUCCCAAAUGAACGUCGUGUCCAGACCAAGGAAAACGCAACCAGAAAAAAACCCAAUGGAUGCAGCUCGUAAGAUCACACGGCGGAACAGAAAUGAGUUGAUAGGUAACUAAGGACUAUGACGCAACGCCUCCCUUGGGCGCGGGAUGUACAUCCUUUCAGCCACUCGCAGGCUCGCCGCAGAGAGUUCACAGGCGGCGCGGAGACGUCACGUCCGGCGGCCACCCUUUUGCGAUGGAUGAACCAUUCGGAGGAGGCCAGGAAGUAUGGAGAUGUCUGUGAGUGCCUGUAAUUUGUAUGUGAGUGUAUGCGAAAGAGGCUACCAAGUGCUUGGCUGAGGAGAUUCGCCG